AUGGCGCUCGCUGGUGGUGGUGGUGGUAGUGGCUGCGGCGGCGCCCCCCCCGCGGGCCGGGGGCUGAGCGGCGCCCGCUGGGGCCGUUCGAGCUCCGCAGGCCACGAGAAGCUGCCGGUGCACGUGGAGGACGCCCUCACAUACCUGGACCAGGUGAAGAUCCGUUUUGGCAGCGACCCUGCCACCUACAAUGGUUUCCUGGAGAUCAUGAAGGAGUUCAAAAGCCAGAGCAUCGACACUCCUGGGGUCAUCAGACGUGUGUCUCAGCUGUUUCACGAGCACCCAGACCUCAUCGUUGGCUUCAAUGCAUUUCUCCCACUCGGAUACAGGAUAGACAUCCCCAAGAAUGGCAAGUUAAAUAUACAGUCGCCACUGACGAGCCAGGAGAACUCCCAUAACCAUAGUGACUACACGGAUGACUUCAAGCAGCAGGUGCUGUAUAAGGAGGACAAGCCCCAGGUGCCCCUGGAAUCGGAUUCCGUGGAGUUCAACAACGCCAUCAGCUAUGUGAACAAGAUCAAGACCCGCUUCCUCGACCAUCCUGAGAUCUACCGGUCGUUUCUGGAAAUACUGCACACUUACCAGAAGGAACAGCUGAGCACAAAGGGCCGGCCAUUCCGUGGCAUGUCCGAGGAGGAGGUCUUCACCGAGGUGGCUAAUCUCUUCCGGGGCCAGGAGGACCUGCUUUCUGAGUUUGGCCAGUUCUUGCCUGAGGCAAAGCGGUCCCUGUUCACAGGAAAUGGCCCAUGUGGAAUGAACAGCACCCCAAAGGGUGAACCCGAGAAGAUUCCAGAACACAGUAAGAAGCGCACCCGGCCCUCACUACUCCGCCCGGUGUCUGGGCCAGCCAAGAAGAAGAUGAAGCUCCGUGGGACCAAAGACCUGUCUAUUGCAGCCGUGGGCAAGUAUGGCACCCUGCAGGAGUUCUCCUUCUUUGACAAGGUACGCCGGGUGCUGAAGAGCCAGGAGGUCUAUGAGAACUUCCUCCGCUGCAUUGCACUCUUCAACCAGGAGCUGGUGUCCGGCUCUGAGCUCCUGCAGCUGGUCAGCCCAUUCCUGGGGAAGUUUCCAGAACUCUUUGCCCAGUUCAAGUCUUUCCUGGGGGUGAAGGAGCUGUCAUUUGCCCCACCGUUGAGCGACCGGUCUGGAGAUGGGAUCAGCCGGGAGAUUGACUACGCAUCUUGCAAGCGCAUCGGGUCCAGCUAUCGGGCACUACCCAAGACCUACCAGCAGCCCAAGUGCAGUGGGAGGACAGCCAUCUGCAAGGAGGUAGUGCUCCAGGGGGUGGGGGCUGCCAUCUACAAAGAGGAAAAAAGAAAAAACCUCUGCUGGAGACCCGGGUUCAAUUCCCGGGUGCUGAAUGAUACCUGGGUCUCCUUCCCCUCCUGGUCUGAGGACUCCACUUUUGUCAGUUCCAAGAAGACACCCUACGAGGAACAGCUGCACCGCUGUGAGGACGAGCGCUUCGAGUUGGACGUCGUCCUGGAGACUAACCUGGCCACGAUCCGUGUGCUGGAGAGCGUGCAGAAGAAACUGUCACGCAUGGCUCCGGAGGACCAGGAUAAGUUCCGCCUGGACGACUGCCUGGGUGGAGCCUCCGAGGUCAUCCAGAGGCGUGCCAUCUAUCGCAUCUAUGGUGACAAGGCCCCCGAGAUCAUCGAAAGCCUCAAGAAGAACCCCGCCACUGCUGUGCCCGUCGUCCUCAAGAGGCUGAAAGCCAAGGAGGAGGAAUGGCGGGAGGCACAGCGGGGCUUCAACAAGGUGUGGCGGGAGCAGUACGAGAAGGCCUACCUCAAGUCCCUCGACCACCAGGCCGUGAACUUCAAGCAGAAUGACACCAAAGCUCUGCGCUCCAAGAGCCUGCUCAAUGAGAUCGAGAGUGUCUACGAUGAGCACCAGGAGCAGCACUCAGAGGGCCGUAGCGCCCCCGCCAGCGAGCCCCACCUCAUCUUUGUGUACGAGGACCGGCAGAUCCUGGAGGAUGCAGCGGCCCUGGUCAGCUACUAUGUGGCGCGGCAGCCAGCCAUCCAGAAAGAGGACCAGGCCACCAUCCAGCAGUUGCUGCACCAGUUCGUACCCAGCCUCUUUUUCUCACAGCCAUUGGACCCCGGUGCCUCUGAGGAGUCAGCUGAAGAGGACCGUGAGGGCGCCCGGGGCCCAGGCACAGAGCCUGGUGAGCGGAAGCGCGUUGGAGCUCCUAGUGGCCCUCCAGAGGAGAAAGGGCCUCCCGGGGAUGGCCUGGCACUUGGGCCACAGCCCAUGCCCCUGGAUGAUGUCUACAGUCUCUUCUUCGCCAACAACAACUGGUACUUCUUCCUGCGCCUGCACCAGACUCUCUGUGCACGGCUGCUCAAGCUCUACCGCCAGGCGCAAAAGCAGCUGCUGGAGUACCGGGCCGAGAAGGAGCGCGAGCAACUGUUGUGCGAGGGUCGGCGCGAGCGGAGCAGCGACCCGGCCAUGGAGCUGCGGCUGAAGCAGCCCAGUGAGGUGGAGCUGGAGGAGUACUACCCAGCCUUCCUGGACAUGGUGCGGAGCCUGCUGGAGGGGAACAUCGACCCCACGCAGUAUGAGGACACCUUGCGUGAGAUGUUCACCAUCCAUGCCUACAUUGGCUUCACCAUGGAUAAACUAGUGCAGAACAUCGCGCGGCAGCUGCACCACCUGGUGAGCGAUGACGUGUGUCUGAAGGUGGUGGAGCUCUACCUGAAUGAGAAGAAGCGUGGGGCUGCCGGUGGGAACCUGUCCUCACGAUGUGUCCGUGCUGCCCGUGAGACCAGCUACCAGUGGCGGGCUGAGCGGUGCAUGGCUGAUGAGAACUGCUUCAAGGUGAUGUUCCUCCAGCGCAAAGGGCAGGUGAUCAUGACCAUUGAGCUUCUAGACACCGAGGAGGCCCAGACAGACGACCCCGUGGAGGUGCAGCACCUGUCCAGCUACGUGGAGCAGUACGUGGGCACAGAGGGCACUGCCAGCUCCCCAAGCGAGGGCUUCCUGCUGAAGCCAGUGUUCCUGCAGAGGAACCUCCGGAAGUUCCGGCGGUGGCAGUGCGCACAGGUACGAGCACUGCGUGGUGAGGCCAAGGGCACGUGGAAGCGGCUGGUGGGCGUGGAGAGCGCCUGCAGUGUGGACUGCCGCUUCCGGCUCAGCACCCACAAGAUGAUGUUCAUCGUCAACUCAGAGGACUACAUGUACCGCCGUGGCGCCCUGGGCCGUGCCAAGCAGGUGCAGCCCCUGGUGCUGCUGCGGCACCACCGGCACUUCGAGGCAUGGCAUGGGCGCUGGCUGGAGGACCACGUGCCAGUGGAGGCGGCCAGCCUGGUGCAGGACUGGCUGAUGGGUGAGGAGGAUGAGGACCUGGUGCCAUGCAAGACGCUGUGCGAGACUGUGCGUGUGCAUGGGCUCCCUGUGACCCGCUACCGCGUGCAGUACAGCCGGCGCCCUGCCUCGCCCUGA